AUGAAGCAGGGUGUAGAGUGCUUAUUCCAGGCAGUUCGUGGAUAUCGUAAGGUUCUGGUAGGAGGUGACUUUAAUGCUCACCAUUCUGCAUGGGACCCUCAACACAGUGACAACAAAGGAGCAGCACUUUUCGACCUAAUCAACGAAGAAGAUUUAGUACUGUUGAACAAAGGUCAGGCGACCUUCGUACCGGUUCAACUAAACAAGAUUCCAUCGGCAAUAGACCUUGUCAUCGUAUCACCGGGGCUAUUCCACGAAGCAAGUAUGAACGUGUUAGACUUUGGAGUAGGGAGUCGGCACUUGGCGCUAGAAACGAUCAUACAACUGGGUAGCAAGCGUGAGAUCUGGGAUAAACUAAGGAAACUUGCAGGGAAAAAGAAGGAAAAAACGAACAUUCUAAUACACGAGGACUUGGCAAUGGCUGAAGAUUUUUUGAAUAAAUAUUUCCCACUGGAGGCCAACAUUAGUCCGAAUCCGUAUUACCUGCCCAACUACGAUGUACUAUCUAGUAGUUUUUGGUGCAGCUUUCUUGCUAAAAAAUCGAAACCAACUACACCAGGUCCAGAUGGAAUCUCAUAUUCUUCGCUUAAACUACUGAGUAGUGAGGUUAGGGAUUCUAUCGUCAGGGAUCUGAAUAAUGUAUGGAGAACGAAUAACAUCCCCGAAAAUAUGAAAACCAUAAAGAUUGUAGCAAUCCCCAAGCCCGGAAAAAACCCGGAAACCGUCGAAGGAACCAGACCACUUUCCAUGCUCAACUGUGGUAUGAAGAUACUGAACGCGGCAGUCCUAAACAAGUUGCAGUUGCACCUGGAGAAUCGACAUAUUCUACCUAGUCUGUCUUUUGGCUUCAGAAAAGGAAUGUCAACGGUCGGAUGUUUGGAAUACGUAACAAACAAAGUAUUCUGUAUUAAACGAGAAAAGAAGCAUGCUGCGAUUAUUUUCAUCGAUUUGUCCAACGCCUUCAACACAGUCAAACUCGACACGUUAGAAAACGUGAUGCUUUCGCUUGGACUACCUCCAGAGUUCUCAAGCUGGGUACAUGUAUUUCUAGCGGAAAGGAAAAUUCAGCUGCAGGUAGGAAACAAGAUUUACACGCGCUACAUCAGCCAGGGUCUACCACAAGGUGACAUUCUAUCGCCGACACUUUUCAAUAUAUAUACGACCAAACUGCAUGAAAUCCAAAUCGAAGGCGUUGUUCUCGUACAAUACGCCGACGAUUUUGCUGUGACGGUAGAAGGACGAAACAUUCAAGAAGUAAACGAACGAGCUAAUCGGUUUAUGGAGCGAUUCGCUGAAGUUACCGCCGAGUUGAAUUUGGCCGUCAACGCACAGAAAACAAAGGCCAUACUUUUUGCGAACGCUACAGAAGAGUUGGACAUCAGCGUGCACGAUGAGCAGAUAGAACAGGUCAACGUACACAAAUACCUUGGACUAUGGAUUGACAAGUCUUUGAGGUUUGGAGCUCAUAUUCGGGAAAUAACCAAGAAAGCGGCGGACCGUCUAAAUAUGCUCAAAGUUAUAAGCGGCACAAGACAUGGUAGCCACCCCACAUCACUAAACAUGGCAUACAACGCCUUCUUUCGAAGCUUCAUCGAAUACGGUUCUAGUAUUUACAGCUCUGCCUGUAAAACGAAUCUGAAGAAGAUUGAUACAAUCAAUAACGCCUGCCUACGAAAGAUAACUGGGUGCACAAAAACAACACCUACGAACACGCUCCACUCCAUAGCCGCUCAACCUCCACUUCAAUUCAGACGCCUCAAAGUGAUCGGCAAACAACUGGCCAAACACCACUACUGGAAAACACCUGUCUGGGAACAAACUGAUAACGGAAAAUUCGAUGAACAGAAGAGAUACACUUAUCUCGAACAGCUAGCAGCUCAACACGGAAGAGUAUUGAAGGACAUGUCAACAUCUACCAAAGCAACCCCACUGAAUGAAAUGGUACACAUUGAAACGAUGCUGAGUGAAGAACUGUGGACGAAGAAACAGACGGAUAUCAAGGUUCUUAGGCAACUAUCACUGUCUUUGAUACACGGCAAGUACCAAGGCCGACAAAUAAUAUACACGGAUGCGUCAAGUACCGACAAGGUUUGCGGAAUUGGGAUCUACAAUGAGGCAGGCAACGUAAAGCUGAGUCUGAAGUUGGAAAACUUUGUUUGUAUUAUGUCAGCUGAACUCGAAGCAAUAUAUGUGGCAUUACAAUAUAUCGAUCAGAGUGGCAUUACUCGCAGUGUAAUAAUGACCGAUUCCAUGUCCGGGUGCAAGUACUUACAAGAACAGUUGGAACAGGAAGUAAGAGACAGUGUUAUCAACAAGAUUUUGGAGAUGGCUGCACGAACGAACACAUCGAUACAAUGGAUACCGGGACAUGUGGGAGUAAGAGGCAACGAGAUGGCUGAUCACUUGGCCAAAUCGGCACUGGAAAGCACCCACAUUUGCAGGAACAAGAUGCUGCUACACGACGUAGUUCUCUACUUCAGGCAGCUAUGUGAAGAAAACGCCCAGCAGUGGUACCUAGACUACACUUCUGAAUUAGGCAAAGGACGGAAAUAUUUCCAAGCUAUUAUCAGGCCACGAUUUUUCACGCUUCUGGCUACAUAA